AUGAGGAACAAAUUAGAUGAACAAUUUGGGAGAUUCCUUAACAUAUUGAAGGAGGUCCAUCUUUCUAUCCCUCUCACCGAAGCCAUAACCCAAAUUCCUAGAUAUUCCAAAUUCAUUAAGUAUAUCUUUAGUGGCAAGAGAGAGUGCAAUGAGAUAGAUUCGGUAGAGCUUGGUGAGUGUUGUAGUGCCUUGAUUCAAAAUUACCUACCAAAGAAGAUGAAAGAUCCAGGUAAUUUCUCCAUUCCUUGCAAAGUCAAGAGUAAGUUGUUUGAAAAUGCAUUGUGUGACUUAGGUGCUAGUGUUAGCAUUAUGACUUAUUUGGUGUUUAAGAAUCUUAAGUUAGGAGAACUUCUUCCUACGAACAUGACCUUGCAAUUGGUCGAUAGAUCCAUUAAGUUCCCAAAAGGAAGAGUUGAGGAUGUUCCCCUUAAGAUAGGUGGUUUCGCAAUUCCCGUAGAUUUUAUUGUGCUAGAAAUUGAAGAGGAUGACCACAUUCCUAUUAUUCUAGGGAGAACAUUCUUAGCUACCUCGGGAGCUUUAAUUUAA